AAACAUUUUCAGCAAGAUAUGAAACUGUAAAAGGAUUUAAAACACUAUCGGGAACAGUGAUACGAUUAUUUGAACAUUACUACUCACUCCAGUUGGCAAUCUGUUAGACAAAAUUGUUUUAUACAGAGUUCUUAAAACGGUUGCCUGCAUAUGUAUGUAUUUUUAUAAUAAUUGUUAGUAUUAUGUUGUGGGUAUGGGCAAUAAAUGUCAUAUUAACAUUUUUGGGAACACAAAAUGAAAUGUUAUGUGAACAUUAACAGCUUUCUAUGAACAUAUUGUAUAUAUAAAGUACUUAUUUUUGGGACUGGAGCAAUAAAUGUCACUUGUCCUGUAUCGCCCCCUCUUGGCGUGUUGUGGUAUUACUGCAGUGCGCAGUAUGGCUGAACUCUCUGCGCACGCGCGAGGCGAGCAGUGCAACAGAUACGGACAGAAGGACACGGACACCUGGAGUAAAAGCGGACUCUCAAACAUAGUUUUAAAAUCAAGAUCUAAGGCAGGGAGAGUUAUUUAAACACGUCCUUCAGGAUGGCAGACGCAGAGGAAAAAAACAAUAGCUGUGGGACAAUAUGCCUUAAAUACCUUCUGUUCAUCUUCAAUCUUCUCUUUUGGCUGGCAGGUGGCGCUGUGAUGGCAGUGGGAAUAUGGACUCUGGUGGAUAAAAGCGACUACAUCAGCCUUCUGUCCUCCAGCUCCUACAUGAUCGCUGCCUUCAUCCUGAUUGGUGCGGGUGCCGUCGUCAUGUUCACCGGGAUACUAGGAUGCUGCGCCACCAUCAGGGAACAAAGAGCUCUUCUUUUAGUGUUCUGCGUCCUGUUGUUGAUAAUCUUCCUAUUGGAGAUCACAGCUGGAAUUUUGGCCUACGUCUAUUAUCAGGAGUGUUUUCCUCUCUGCUACCAGCUGAACGCUGAGCUGAGAGCUGAUCUGAAAGAGAGGAUGGUGGAAAACUACCAGCAGCCUGGACAAGAGCACAUCACUAGAGCCAUCGACAGACUCCAGCAAGACCUGAAGUGUUGUGGCAGUAACAGCUCAGCGGACUGGAGGGACGGGGCCUGGAUACAGACGCCUGGUGCUAACAGACGCCUGGUGCCUGACAGCUGCUGUAAGACCCCCACAGACCACUGUGGACUCAGAGACCACCCAUCCAACAUCUACAAAGUAGAGGGUGGAUGUAUAUCCAAACUAGAGGAGUUUAUUCUUCAACAUCUGCUGAUUUUGGGCUCAGUGGGUCUUGGGAUUGCAUUUAUUCAGAUUGUAGGGAUGAUUUUUACCUGCUGCCUGUAUCGAAGUUUGAAAGAAGAAAUAUACUGAGAGAAAAACACUUUAUUCCCACCAACACCAAAUAAACCUUCCUGCUGUCUUCAUUGCUGUCUGUUACUGUGUGGUUUUAAUGUGUUGUGUGUCAUGAUUAUGAUGGCGGGUCAAUAUGUCUUGGCUGCAGGACAGUCGUUCUGGAAAGGGAACUUUACAUUGUCUUGUUUUAAGCAAAGAAUAUUGAUGCAAUGUUUGUUAAAAGUUUGAAUUUUGCAGUACAAAUAAAUCAGUGGAAUAAUAA